AUGGUUAAUGUGAAAUUGAGGCAGAGGAUGGAGUCGAUUAAUGAAACGGAUUCAAAGCUUCCAGAAGGUGACAUUCCUGAAAAUGAAGUUUCUGAUUCCGAUGUCGUCUCGUAUAAUAAGACUGACGAUUUAGAAGCAAAUGAAGGUCAAGAUCGAGGAGGAUGGGGGUUGAAAAUUGAGUUCCUUCUCUCUUGCAUUGCUUUUGCUGUCGGUCUUGGAAAUGUAUGGCGUUUUCCUUACCUCUGUUUCAAGAAUGGAGGAGGUGCCUUCUUAGUACCCUAUGUGAUCAUGUUAAUUUGUCUCGGUUACCCGAUUUUCUUCCUGGAAUUCGCCUUUGGUCAAUUCGCCAGUCUUGGUCCAAUCUCAAUAUGGUCCAUUAGUCCUUUGUUCAAAGGUGUUGGCUAUGCAAUGACGAUUGUUUCCUGGUACAUAUCAUUGUACUACAAUGUUAUCAUAGCAACAGCUUUCUUCUACCUAUUCGCAAGUUUCAACAGUCAACUACCUUGGUCCACUUGUACUAACUGGUGGAAUAACCAAAGCACCUGCCAUGUUAUAGGAACGAAUUCGUCUAUCCCAAUUAAUGAAACCUCAUCUCCUGCUGUAGAGUACUAUAACCAUUAUGUACUUCAAAAGUCAUCUGGUUUUGAAGACUUUGGAACUCCAGUUUGGCAUAUAACUCUCUGCCUUCUCUUCUCUUGGAUUGUUGUGGUCCUCAGUUUGAUCAAGGGUGUCCAGUCUUUGGGUAAAAUAUCCUACUUCACCGCCAUCUUCCCAUACAUCAUGCUGACUAUACUUCUAGUACGUGCUGCCACACUUGAGGGCUCACUAGAAGGUGUUAUAUACUAUUUAAAGCCAGAUUUCUCAAGAUUGUCAGACCCUACCGUAUGGACGGAUGCUGCAACACAGAUCAUUUUCUCUCUGAGUUGCUGUAAUGGUGGCCUCAUUGCAAUGUCGAGUUACAAUAAAUUCAAGAAUAACUGUUACAGGGACGCAGUUCUGGUUGCAACAAUUAAUUGUCUCACUUCUGUGUUUGCCGGUUUCGUGGUUUUCUCAACUCUUGGCUUCAUGGCUCAUAUAAAAAAUGUCACUGUGGAUCAAGUCGUUGAAUCAGGACCUGGUCUUGUCUUCAUGGUCUAUCCAGAAGCUUUGAAUCAAAUGCCCAUUCCUGUUCUCUGGUCCAUUCUUUUCUUCAUCAUGUUGGUAUCCCUGGGUUUGGGCAGUGAACUGCCCUAUGUGGAAACUGUGCUCUCCAGUUUCCAGGAUGAAUUCCGUCGAUACAAUUUCCUCAAGACCUGGAAAUCUCAAUUCGUUUUCCGAGUUGUGCUAUGCUCUAUCAACUUCCUUAUCACAAUUCCCAUGGUUUGCAAUGGUGGUGCAUAUCUCGUAAACUUGUUGGAUAAUGUGAUGUCUGGAUAUCCUGUUCUCAUUAUUGCCUUGAUGGAGCUUCUGGUCAUCUCUUAUGUCUAUGGCAUCAAUCAGUUCAUGCGAGAUGUAAAACUUAUGAUCGACUCAAAGCCAAACUGGUAUUGGAAAAUAAGUUGGAUGGUUGUUUCUCCAUGUGCGGUUCUGGGUUUGAUUAUUUUCAUGAUUGUCGGAGGCAAACCAUACAGUAUGGACAAUUACAUCUAUCCACAUGGAAUUCAAGUCAUGGGACAGCUCAUCGCCGUCGUUCCAGUUCUUCUAAUUGUUGUAUGGUUCCUCUACAAGUAUUGCCACGAUGGUGGAUGGAUACUUUUGCGCGAAUUCGCUAAACCAGUUAGUGAUUGGGGACCGGCCGAAGACAUUCAUCGUACAGAAUUCCUUACGAAUAUUUGUGAACGAACACUGGGUUAUGUUCCUCCAGAUGUUCAGGGUAAAAGUGAUGGAGAAUACGAGGAUGGAGAUGGAGAACGAGGUAAUGGAAUUCCCAUUCAGAGCCAAAGUCACCUUAUCGCGUCGGGUGUUUGGAGUACUGGUGUUGCAGGAAGUACCGCGAAUAUUCGGACAGCUCCAUCCACCCAAGCUCUGCAUUCUUUGCUCAACGAAGGCGAAUUCUACCAAAGCAAACUCAGUAUUGCUGAAAAGAUGGCGGAGUUGCACACCAAAGAAUUGGUUAAACAAGGAGUACCAAUUGAAAUGUUUGGAUCCGGUGAUAGGGUGAAAUUCGUAAACGCUUCUGAGGAAGAUCUCAGAGAGAAGAAUAAUCGAGAAUCUGAGUCAGAGGAGGGUAAAGAAGGUGAAAAUGAGGCGGGAGAAGGAAAACUAAGAAAGGGAAAAUUUCCCAGUGCUAUUCGACUGUUGAAAAGCAACAUGAAAAGCAACGAGGAUUUCAGUUCCCAGGACCAAUAG